ACUCACCCCAAUACAAAAACAACUAAGUUAGCUAUAGCCAAUAGGUGCAACAAUGAUGAUAGAUUCAAACCCUCCACUCUUGCACCAUUAUCAAGCACUUCUAAGGAAAUCUGCCAAACUCCAACAUGCUAAUAAUAACAAGAACAAUAAUAGAACUUUUGAAAUUCACAAUGAUCCUAUAGUGGAUGAAUGUGAGCUUCCACUGAUAGACCUUAGUGGUCUUGAAAGUUGUAAUGCCACAGAAAGAGUGGCUUGCACUGCAGCAAUAUGCAAGGCAGCAUCAGAAUGGGGAUUCUUCCAAGUAGUAAACCAUGGAAUAAGCACUGAGCUACUGAGGAACAUGAAGGAAGAGCAAAUGAAGUUGUUUAAGGUACCCUUUGACAGGAAGGUCACUUGUGAGAUUCUGAACAAUCCUUACAGAUGGGGAACACCAACAGCUACUCGCUCAAACCAGUUUUCUUGGUCAGAAGCCUUUCACAUUCCUCUCACCAAGAUUUCUAAUGCAGCUUCCUGGGGUGAAUUCACUUCUUUAAGGGAAGCAAUCAAUGAAUUUGCACCAGCUAUGUUAAAAGUUUCUAGAUUAUUAGCAAGCAUUCUAGCAGAAAACUUGGGCUACCCAAAUGAUGCAAUUGAAAAACUCUGUGAUGCAAGCACAUGCUUUCUGAGAUUAAAUCACUAUCCAUCAUGCCCAAAAUCCCAAGAUGAAAUUUUUGGAUUAGUACCUCAUACUGACAGUGAUUUCCUUACAAUCCUUUAUCAAGAUCAAGUUGGUGGCCUCCAACUCAUGAAAGAUUCCAAAUGGGUUGCUGUAAAACCAAAUCCAGAUGCUCUAAUUGUUAACAUCGGUGACCUUUUUCAGGCAUGGAGCAAUGACGUGUACAAAAGUGUGGAGCACAAGGUAGUGGCAAAUGACAAAAUGGAUAGAUAUUCCAUAGCAUACUUCCUAUGCCCUUCUUACAGUACGAUAAUAAAUGGCUACAGGAAACCUUCUUUAUACAGGAAAUUCACAUUUGGAGAAUACAGACACCGAAUUCAGGAAGAUGUCAAGAACAUAGGACACAAAAUUGGACUAUCAAGAUUUCUUCUUUAA